UUGUUUUGAUUGGGCGGACCUUCGCACGUACAAGAUGUCAGGAGAAACUCGCCGUUUUCUGCGCUAACAACCGACUUUUCACCACAUUUCCACAUCGUUUGGGACUAUUUCUUUACUGUCAACAUGUCAGCGCUGGACUUCACGCCGAAUACUUUCAUUUUCGUGGCGUAAAUACGUGUUUUUCGGACGUGAUUUGACACCUGCCGCUUCGACGUGCAGGUGCUGCUGCCGCUACAGCGAGCCGGAAGGACAAACUACCGAAACUCCGCGGAUUUUUCUCAUUUUUAGCGCUUUAUUUUGGAUUUCGGGACCAUGAAAGUGACGGUAAACUUCGGGAAUACCGCCGUGGUGGUUCCGUGUAAAGCCGGGUGGACCGUGAAGGACUUAGUGGACCAAGCUACGCGGAGAUACCUCAGGAUUUUGGAGCAACAACAACAGCAGGGAGGCAGCUCCAUUCAGACGCACCACCUUGAAUACAGCGAUGGAGGUAUUCUGGACAUGGACGACCCUUUGGCAGAUCUGGUGGAGGACAGAGAAAAGCUGGUGGCGGUGUUUGAGAUCGAACGCGAGCGCCUGCACUCGCCCCCGGAGUCUCUGUCGAACGGAUACUCCAGCUCCAGCCCAGUCCAGGAACCAGACCCAGACCCAGAACCAAGACGAGGACCAGGACCGGGACCGAUGACCAGCUACUACCCGCACCUGGAGUACGAAGACCCGACCAGCGGCGAGAUCGAAGUCACCGAAGCCACGCUCAGAGGAAACACGCCUCUGUUGGUGCGGAGCAGCAGUGACUCUGUGUUAGCCCCGCCCACCAUCACCAGAGCCACGCCCCCUCCAGAGGACCGCACCGCUGUGAGGACCCCAGACCCGGAGGUGAGCAAUGUGCUGAAGGGGGCGCUGGAGAGGCUGAAAGUGGAAGAGCAACAGUCGAGAAUGAGUCCGGUGAACCAGAAACCUCUGACGAAGACCGUGGAGUUCCCAGGAAACCGAGGUCCUCUGGGGAUUCACGUGGUCCCGUACUGCUCGUCUCUCAGCGGAAGGACUCUGGGUCUCCACAUCAGAGGGAUUGAAGCUGCGAGUCGCUCAAAGAAGGAAAAUCUGUUUGAGGAAGACGAGUGCAUCGUUCAGAUCAACGACACGUCCCUCCUGGACAAAACCUUUGCUCAAUCUCAGGAGGUGUUCCGCGACGCCAUGUCCGCGCCGUUGAUCCGCUGCGAAGUCCUUCCUGCCGCCAACAAACCGCGCUACGAAAAAAGCCUCAUCGGGAACAUUUUCAACCCGGACAGCAAAGACUCGUCGGCCAAAGCCAGUCCUCUCUUAGUCCGGCCUAGGUCGGGAUCUCAGCCGCUGGACCCGAAUCCGAGACCCAAGAUAGACCUGAGAAAAGCAGAGACCAAGACCCCAGAACCUCCUUCGAACCCGGCGCCGUCUUGGCAGGAACCGGCUCCGAGGCAGAACCCGAUCCCUCCAGCUGAGGGCGCAAUUUUCACCAAGACGGGAGGGAAGAAGAUCAAAAUCGACCUGAAAAAAGGUCCGGAGGGUUUGGGCUUCACCGUGGUCACUCGGGAACCCACGGCUCACGCUCCCGGUCCCAUCCUGGUCAAGAACAUCCUUCAGAGAGGAGCGGCGGUUCAGGACGGCCGCCUGCAGCCAGCGGAUCGCAUCCUCGAGGUGAACGGCGUGGACAUGACCGGCCGUAGUCAGGAGGAGCUUGUGGCGAUGCUGCGUUCCACCAAACAGGGAGAGAGCGUCCAUUUGGUCGUGGCCCGACACGAGGACCCUUUUCUGCCUCGAGAACUGAAGGGGGAGGUGGCGGGUCAUCUGGCGCCGGAGGACGGCCGGGAGCAGCUGAUGUUCGAGGUUCCUCUGAACGAGUCGGGAUCGGCCGGACUCGGAGUCAGUCUGAAGGGAAACAAGUCCAGAGAAACUGGAGAAGAUCUGGGAAUCUUCAUCAAGUCCAUCAUCCACGGAGGAGCCGCCUACAAGGACGGUAGACUGAGCGUGAACGACCAGCUGAUCUCGGUGAACGGAGAGACUCUGAUCGGGCGGUCGAACCACGCCGCCAUGGAAACGCUCCGGAGGUCCAUGUCGUCCGAGGGAAACGCCCGAGGGACCAUCCAGCUCGUGGUGCUCCGGGCGACCAAACAGGUCGCCAACGCCAACCGAGCCGCAGCGCCCGCCCACGCCGCCGCCUCGUCCAAUCAGACGCCGCCCCCGCCUCCUCCCGUCUCCGCCAAUCAGAAUUCCCUGGAUUAUGACGUUCCUCCCCCCAGACCCACUCACCUAGAAACCAACAACCACUACAACACUCCUGUUACCAAUGGGAAUAACUACGGUAACUACGGCAACAGUCGCCCUGACGACCUGGACGACGGCUUCCCCCCUCCCCCCUCCCCCGGCGCCGUGGAGGAAAUGAACCGAGAACUGAACCUGACGCCCCCGCACUACAGUGAUUUUCCGAGGCCUCCGUUCUACGGUGGAGUGAAUCUCAGAGACGACUACAGAGCGUCGAAGAGCAUGGACCUGGUGGCGGAUGAGGGCAACAUCAGAUCCCUCACCAGACCUUAUGACGUCGACUUCAGCAGGUUCCUCCGAGUCACACGAGAAAAUAAACAAAGAAAACGUUUGUGGAACAAGGAGGAGAAAUCAAGUGACAAGAAGAUUGUGCAAUGGUCAGAGGAGGAGAAAUAUUGUUCAAUAGGAUUGAGCGUCGCUGUAGAGCGGUGGAACUGGUACGGGACCGUUCUGGCCGUCCUGAAAACAGCUGGAGUGGAUUCUGGCUCUGUGUUCCAGAGGGAGUGA